AGCGAGAAAGAGAGAGAGGCCGUGUAUGUGUGUCUGUGCUUGGGAGAAGAGAGAUCGCAGGAGGUGCGCGUUCCCAACGAGCGCAGCCAAGGCGGUCUGAAAGAGACAACGCGAAGACGGGAGAGGGAGGUGGUGGGGGUGUGUUGCAGUGGGGGAGUUGUUAGGAAGGGCGGAGCGAACAGACUGUCAAUCUUGGCGGCUACCACAGCGAAUGGGCGUUCUCUAUCAGCGGGACACCCAAUGGAAAGUGACGCUCCUUGUGUCGCUAUGGUGACGGGGUUGUGCCCGGGGUGGCUGUGAUGGGUUGACAGGUGCGUGACAAUCGGAGCUCUCUGCAAGCAUGUACGCCAAAGGCAAGAGUAACAACGUACCGUCCGACAGCCAAGCCAGGGAAAAGUUAGCGCUCUACGUGUACGAAUAUUUGCUGCAUGUAGGAGCUCAGAAAACAGCUCAGACCUUCCUGUCAGAGAUCCGAUGGGAGAAGAACAUCACGUUAGGGGAGCCUCCGGGGUUCCUGCAUUCCUGGUGGUGUGUGUUCUGGGACCUGUACUGCGCAGCCCCUGAAAGGAGAGAGACAUGUGAGCACUCCAGUGAAGCCAAGGCCUUCCAUGACUACAGUGCGGCUGCAGCGCCCAGCCCAGUCCUCGGGAACCUCCCUCCAGGAGACGGGAUGCCCGUGGGACCUGUUCCCCCUGGAUUCUUUCAGGGCCCUCCUGGUUCUCAGUCAUCUCCCCACGCACAGCCUCCACCUCACAACCCCAGCCAACACAUGAUGGGCCCUCACACACAGCCAUUCAUGUCCCCUCGCUACCCCGGCGGACCCAGGCCUCCCCUAAGAAUACCCAAUCAGGCGCUUGGUGGAGUCCCAGGAAACCAGCCUCUGCUGCCCAGUGGUAUGGAUCCCACGAGACAACAAGUCAAGACUGAAGGGGACACUCACUGGUCUGGGAAUGUUAGCCCGGGCUGGCACAUUUGCUCAUGUAUCUCAGGCCAUCCAAACAUGGGAGGGGCUAUGCAACGAAUGACCCCUCCCAGGGGGAUGGUCCCACUCGGGCCACAGAGUUACGGAGGAGGAAUGAGGCCCCCCCUCAAUGCUUUAGGGGGUCCAGGAAUGCCUGGAAUGAACAUGGGCCCAGGUGGAGGCAGACCGUGGCCAAAUCCUCCCAACGCCAACUCGAUCCCAUACUCCUCUGCAUCUCCAGGGAGUUAUGCGGGGCCCCCAGGAGGAGGGGGUCCACCUGGAACUCCCAUAAUGCCCAGUCCUGCAGACUCUACAAACUCUGGGGAUAACAUGUACACCAUGAUCAAUGCAGUACCUCCAGGAGCCAGUCGGCCGAACUUCCCCAUGGUCCCGGGAGGAGAUGGUCCCAUGGGUGGGAUGGCGGGAAUGGAAGCUCACCACAUGAACGGGUCGCUAGCGUCAGGUGACAUGGACAACAUCCCGAAGAACUCCCCUGGAAACAUGAGCAUGAGCAACCAGCCAGGCACUCCACGGGAUGACAGUGAGAUGGGGGGGAAUUUCCUCAACCCCUUUCAGAAUGAAAGCUAUUCUCCAAACAUGACUAUGAGUGUGUGAACUGCGUGGUGGAUCUGGUCGGUGAAGGAGAGCACACACACACGCACACACUCUCUCUCUUUCUCACACACACACACAUACACACACACAGUGAGAGGAGGAAGUCGCUGAAGCUUGUCGUCUCCUUGUUCAUCAGCUCUGUGAAGAGGGUGGCUCCCAGUCUCUCCUAACAGUUCAUUUUGCUAAGUGUUAUCAUCCUUUCACACGUCAACUCGCCGUCAGAGACUGAAAGACUGAACCGCAGUCUGAGAAUCACAGAGAGAGAUGACGACAGCAUAUCUCUAUAUAUAUAUGUAUAUAUUUGUGUAUAUAUGUGGCUGUGUAAACUUAAAUACAUGUGCAUGUAUAUACAAAUAGAUACUCCUUUCUUGACUUUGGACUUGGGGGGUGGGGGGUGUUGGACAACCUUCAAAGAGAAAAAAACCAGAGCAAACAUAAAUUUUUUGGGUUUUGUGUAACGUUCCCUCCCUGUCUCUGCACACUUCCUGAGUCUUGGCUUUUUCGUUUGUUUUUGUUUGGCCGCUCGUCUGGUGCUUAGCAUUCCGCUGACGAAAGGCCUUUUUCGUUUUUUCUUUGGGAAGUUCCAGUGGUGAAAAAUGUUGAAAUGGUAGUGGGAUGGGAGCUUCUUUUCAUUCUUUGUACAGACAAAACACGAAACCUGUUCCAAACAUUCAAACGUAUGGUGAUGCUCCAAAGUUUGCUCUCAAAACAAACAAGUAGUUAGAAGAUGUCUCAUUGACAUAAAACAUAAUUGCAAUAUGAUUUCUUGCCUUGGGUUUAUAUACAUGUGUUUUAUCGUGGAUUCUGUUUAUAAAACAGAAUAAAAUAUCAUGUAAAAUGAAUUUCUAAAAACAAAAAAAAAAACUGUCAGAAUGGUAGAAGGUUUGGUUAAGCGCUGUAUGUACUGUAAAGAUUAUUUCGCUUUUUCUUUUUUUUUUUGAAUUUUUUCAUUUUUUCGUGCCGCUGAGUGUGCAAUCAAGAAGCAUGUUUAAUGUUCCAGAAGCAGCCAUUUCUGUACCCCUAAAAUAUCUGCCCUGUACAGUGCGACUGUCACGGCACCAACAGACUGAGAACUCCGGGACGCUCUGCGCUGCGGCUACACAGAAGCGUUCUGCUCCUUCACGCCCGGGUCGUAAACUGUGAAAACAAGCAUCCACACACUGACGCAUACGCUCACACGUACACGGGUGCUUGGUCACACACCCACACGCGCACCCCCACAGGCGCGUACGUACAGUACACCGUACAAACGCAUUCACACCCACGCGCACGCACGCACACAAGCACAGUUGUACCAGAAUGUCAUUGCUAAUGCUAGUGCAGGGUACAUGCAUAAAUUGCACACACACAUGAUAACCACACACGUGCUCAAACGUGAUUGUGCAGCUUACGCAUACGCGCAGUGUCAUAGCAGAGUGUCAGCGACAGUGUUUGUGCAGGGGUAUGUGUUAGCAGGCAUAGCUAAGGGUUCAGGCACCUGAGGUGUCAGAGGAAGAGGAAGGAGGAAGAGGAGAUAGCCCGUUGGCUCCUCAAAGGCCCUGACCUUGUGAGAAACUGAGUCAGAGCGGUAUCAGAAUCGAAAUCACUUGUAAAAAAAAAAAAAAAUGUUUGUUAUAAAUCAAACAUUACUGCCAUAGCAUGUUUAGUCCCCGAAGGUUUUCUGUAAAUCUUUCUGGCUUCCAUUGACAGAUUUGUCCCUUUGAUGAAAGUUAUACUACAUUCUUCUUAUGUGUUUUAUUUUUCUUCAGUGAUGACUUCUGUGUGUUUCAGAAUGUACUGGUUAAUUCAUUUACGUUUGUGCUGUCAACUCCCCGGCUAAUGCUGGUCACUGUUGAUUGUGUCUGCUGGCAAGAGUGACACGAGUCCAGGGAAAAUAUGAGUUUGCCUUUUUAGAAAUAUGGAUGUCAUUUUCUCUAAUUCAUGCUGUAGUUAUUUUCAUUAAGUACCUUCAAAUACCAUAAUACCAUAGUGAUUUUGAGAUAGUUUACAUCCACUGACAACAUGGCAAUGUAGGAGUGAAUGUCACAUCAAAUGGUGACUUUUUGUACGGUGCAAAAGGGGUGGGGGUGUCCUUUCUUGGACACAAACGUGACGGCGUACUUUUGCCAGAGGGCGGAGAGGUAGGAGAGGCUAUUUUUAAGAGAAUGGCAGCGUGUUAGUCAAAGCCAUUCUCUUUAUUUAAGGUUCUGUCAUCCGGACAAACUGUGAUUUCUUUUCAUACACUUAUAUCUGUUUUUUUGUUUGUUUUUUUUUGUUUUUUUUUUUUUUUACUGGGAGGGGUGCCUUCUUUCAUUGCUUACCUUAAACCACUGCCCAUUAUUAUUAUUAUUAUUAUUAUUAUUGAAGCUGAAAACUGGUGAAUUUCAUGUCUUCAAUCUUUUUAAGCAGCAGCGUGUAAUUUUAUAGAUUGGAAAGUCAACUCAUCUGUGUUUUUGUCUGUGAAUUAUUUAAGAAAUAUAAUAAAAGAGAUGCUGGCUUUUUAGCAUUUUCACCAUUGUAAUUGUAUCUACCAUUUAGUUUCAACAGCAGAUGGAGUUGUGAGGGAGCUACUUUUGUAAAUUGAAAAAAGACUUGCCACAUUUUUGUUUGUUUGUUUUCAUUUGUGAUGUGUUUAAUUUUUACUUUGUGUUGAGUUUUUGUAAAUACACUGAGAAGUUCAAUAUGGUUUUGAAUAUACUGAUAUAAAGAUUCUCUUCCCUGUUAAAA